GGCAGCCGGGGCCGGGCGGCAGCGGCGGGGGAGGGCUCCUCGCGGGGGGCCGGGCCCCACGGCCCUUGCGGGAGUCCGCCGUCCCGGCCCCUGGGUCCAGAGCUGGCUUGUCUCGCGUGACCCUUACUUAUUUCUUCUGGGCUCCAGCUUACUCAUUUGCAAAAUGGGGCGAAUAGUUUCUGAUCCUUGAGAGAGUGAUUGGUUUAUUCAUUCUAGAUGCUUUACUAGCUGGUUUGCCAGAGAUGCAUAGACAGAACCUUCCCAGGAGGGGUUCACGCAAAUCCCUAGAGGAAGAUGACCAUGUUCUUUAAAACACUUCGAAAUCAUUGGAAGAAAACUACAGCUGGGAUCUGCCUGCUGACUUGGGGAGGCCAUUGGCUCUAUGGAAAACACUGUGAUAACCUACUAAGGAGAGCAGCCUGUCAAGAAGCUCAGGUGUUUGGCAAUCAGCUCAUUCCUCCCAACGCGCAAGUGAAGAAGGCCACUGUCUUUCUCAAUCCUGCAGCCUGCAGAGGCAAAGCAAGGACUCUAUUUGAAAAAAAUGCUGCCCCGAUUUUACAUUUAUCUGGCAUGGAUGUGACUAUCGUUAAGACAGAUUAUGAAGGCCAAGCCAAGAAACUGCUGGAACUGAUGGAAAACACAGAUGUGAUCAUUGUUGCCGGAGGAGAUGGGACAUUGCAGGAGGUUAUUACUGGAGUUCUUCGAAGAGCAGAUGAGGCUACCUUCAGUAAGAUUCCCAUUGGAUUUAUCCCACUGGGACAGACCAGUAGUUUGAGUCAGACCCUCUUUGCCGAAAGUGGAAAUAAAGUCCAACAUAUUACAGAUGCUACACUUGCCAUUGUGAAAGGAGAGACAGUUCCACUCGAUGUCUUACAGAUCAAGGGUGAAAAGGAACAACCUGUGUUUGCAAUGACUGGCCUUCGAUGGGGAUCUUUCAGAGAUGCUGGCAUCAAAGUUAGCAAAUACUGGUAUCUUGGGCCUCUAAAAACCAAAGCAGCUCACUUUUUCAGCACCCUUAAGGAGUGGCCUCAGACUCAUCAAGCCUCUAUCUUGUACACGGAACCUACAGAGAGACCGCCCAGCGGGGCAGAGGAGGCCCCCCCACGGCCGUCUGUGUACAGGAGAACGUUACGCAGGCUCGCGGCAUUCUGGGCACGGCCCCAAGAUGCCCUUUCCCAAGAGGUUAGCCCAGAGGUCUGGAAAGAAGUGCAGCUGUCCGCCAUUGAACUGUCCAUCAUGACACGGAACAGUCAGCCUGACCUGAUGGGCAAAGAUGACUUCAUGAACAUCUGCAUUGAGCCCGACACCAUCAGCAAAGGAGACUUCAUAACUGUGGGGAGUAAGAGGGUGCGAAACCCCAGGCUGCGCGCUGACGGCGCCCAGUGUCUCCAGGCCAGCCGGUGCGCCUUGCGCCUCCCUGAGGGGACGGGGGGCUCUUUCAGCAUUGACAGCGAGGAGUACGAAGCCACGCCCGUGGAGGUGAAGCUGCUGCCCAGGAAACUGCACUUCUUCUGCGACCCCAGGAAGAGGGCGCAGGUGCUGCAGAGCGCAGCCCCCUGAGUGGGCACGAGGUCACAGGCGCUCGGAGACUGGGACCAAAAGGGGGCCCCUGCCUCGCCUGUCCCCAGUGUUGUCAGAGGAUCCCGAGGGCGUUUGCAUGGCAAGUACCCCUUCUCACAGCGCUCCCCCUUUAGUGCAUGCGCACUGCUUGUGUGCCAGCGAUCCCUCCCAAGUGCUGGUUUCCCUCAGACUAGUUCCAGGAGUCUCCCACUCACUGACCUUAUCGCCCCAAAGUGCAGCCAAAGUAGAAAGCAGGCUCCUCCACUUCACAGCCCCCCACUGCUCCUCCCUGGCCAUCCUAGGCUUCCAGGGAAGGGUCUGCUGUCCCUGCGGCCCUGUCCUAUUUCUAGGCUUCUCCAUGGGUACUGCGACUUCACGAGCUCCAAUGCUUAGAUAGCUUGUUUCCAUUCUCUCCGAAAAUAGGUGUUUCCUUCAGCCAUGACUGAACUAUUACUAAGUACUGAUUCUUAGUAGGGCUUCCUAAGUGUUGGUUUGCAUGAGAACCACCUGGAGUGCAUGUUGAAAAUUGACUUACUUGGGGCCCAGAAAUCUAGUUUCAAAAGCAGCCACCCUCCCCCGGUGAUUCUACUACAAGAGGUCCCCCAGCCUUACCUGGACCAAUAGUGAUGGAAAGCAGCAGGCCACACACUGUUCUGCACAUGUGCCCCGCUCGUAUUUUUGGGUUGACAUCUGAAACUUUUCAUGGGAAGUUAAGAGUUGCCAGAGUACUUUCUGGUGUCGUGUCAUGUAAAUACUUAUAUUUUAAAAUAAAAGUAUUAUAUCUCUCUUUUAAACAUAUUCAGUGUAAUUUAAAUACAUAGCAAUUUGACACCAUCCAUUUACAAAAAUAAAUCAGUUUAAAAUUUUAAACUGGUUUUUCCUUGCAUGUGUACUUCAAUACCACUUCACCUUCAGCAAAGAAACCUAUUUGUAUGCUGGAAAUUUUUUACUUGUAAUAAUUAUUGAAGUGCAAUAGAAGAAAACAGUGAGUCUUUGAUUAAAAGGUAAUGUUGAAUGUUUUUUU